UGAUGCGCGCCAGUUCGUAUGGCGAAAAUUGACAGAAAAUGGCUUGUUCUGCGGAAACAUCGCGAGUUUCCUUGGAAGACUGUACCUGUCCAGUAUGUAUGUGUAUUCUUAUCGAGCCGGUCACAAUGCCCUGCCACCAUGAACUGUGUCGACCGUGCUUCAAACAAAAUGUCGAGGAGGCCAGCCUGUUGUGUCCUAUGUGUAGAACAAGAAUUGGAACUUGGGCUCGUCAUGCAUCCAAAACCAAAACAUUGGUCAAUCAACAACGGUGGGAACAAAUCCAGGAAUUAUUCCCCAAAAGAGUUCGGUUAAGACUUGAGGGUAAAGAUGAAGAAGAUGACAGUGCUGAUGUGUCGUUCCAUCGGCCGGUCCAUCUGGCUGCCCCAGGGGAGAUCAGGAAAGAGUAUGAGGAGGAGCUCAACAAGCUUCGGCAACAGCUGAACCAAGAGCGUCAGCGUGAGGAACAGGAGAGUGAAGCUUUGAUCCGGCGCCUGCAGGAGGAAGAAGAUCGAGAACGGCACCGGCAGCGACUGCAGGCGAUGCAGGCCAAUGAGACUGACGAGGCCCUGGCAUGGGAACUGGACAAGGUCAUUAAUGAGGCUGGUACAGACGAUCCGAUCGACCUUCUCCUGGAGGAGACAAAGUCGCGCAUUACACGGAGCAACUCUGCCGCAAGUGCCAAGUCUGGACAGAGCAGCAGCGGAACAUUGGAAACGUUCUUUAAGAAAUACAAGGCCGAGACAGACACUCGGUGUGUGUCCGAAGAUUCGUACCCAUACCCCUGCAUCAGUCCAUCAGACAAAGACAAAGGGGAAGAUAACUCUCGUUCAAAUUCCUCCAUCGGGAAACUAAGCAGCAGUAGUGUUAAAACCGAGUUGUAUCCCUUUAAUUUAGUGGAUCAUUCCUACUGUCCUCAUCCUAAUGCUCCAAAGUCCAGUACUGUGGUGAGACCUCCGAGCGAUGAAGUGAUGACCAUAUCCGACUCUUCAUCAGAUGCUGGUAGAGAAAGAAGUGACAGUGCUAAGAAACGAAGUGACAGUGCUAAGGAACGAAGUGACAGUGCUAAGGAACGAAGUGACAGUGCUAAGGAACGAAGUGACAGUGCCAAGGAACGAAGUGAAAGUGUUGCCAGUAAUGACAGCAUCAGCAACGAGUUAUGUCACUUCAAACCCAUCCUGUCCUGUCCGACUCCACCCAGGAAGAUGGCCGACGGAAAGGUGCUAGAUCCACCGGUUGUGCGUACCACUCCUCGGAAUCUGUCUCGGAAUGGUUUCGGAUCCCCAGUCGAUGCUGUGAUGAGUCCAGGUCUAGAACCUGGGAGUCCGAUCAUGCAGAAACGGUUGAACGAACUAGCUCUGGAGAGACAGCAGCUGGUUCGGGAAAGAUCCAAGUCCACUUCUACUGGACCUGAUGAUGAAAUGCAUAGGGAUGAUAAGAAAUCCCACCCUCUUGUUAGAGAGAGAACACUUUCAAUUGAUUUGUCCCGUCCACCUUUGCACAAAACCGAUCCUGUUCCUCCUCUUGUGAAUACUGACCUGCCAGACAGCGUCGGUCCCAGGUCCGGGCUAUUGAUUCCACUAGAACCAAUCCUGGAAGAUCACGACUAUGAGGACAUUACUCCUGUACUACUUAAUAUCAGAAAUCAAGGUACAUCACUGACUGUGUCGAAAUCCCAAGAAGAGGAAGAACAGUCAGUUGGCAAUUUAGACAUUCGAGCCAAGACACCAACGCAUGAUAGGCUGAAGAGAUCGAAACAUGUGUCCAAAGAUCUCAAAGGACAGAAGAAUCUGAAGGCUCAGGUGAUCAGCCCUCAGCGGUCCAUAAAAGACUGGUUCAAAACUUCAGACAGGGAAAGUAAGACAGAGUCUCCGGAUUUGUUUGCAGAGAAUUCGGAUGUGAUCAGUGAGAAUCAGGAGGUGGACAGUAAUGCUAAUGUGAAGCAGUUGUCAGGGAAACAUGAGUGCAAUAGUGAACAAGGGGGUGGAGAUUCUGGAGGAUUGGUACUGCCUUCGGAGAGCAUCCUCGAAAUAAACAGUGCAAUUUCGAAACAUGUGUUUACUGGGGAAGUAGAAACUGAACAGAAGACCGGGAAUGGGAAGAUUGGGAAUGGGAAGGCUCAGGUGAAGAGCGGACCAAAACGAGCAAGGAGAAAUAAGACUCCACUUCCACUUUGUGAAAGUGAUGCGAGUCCUCUGAAGAGUGGCUCCAGUGUUGGUGUCAGUGAUCCUGUGGCCCUGAAGCCUGGCAGGAGAAAGGGUAGGGGGCUACAGGAGGAGGUGGUCAUCAAUGAAUCUGGCAGUGAUGACAAUUUCAACAAGGUUCUGAAAAAAGUGGAAGGGGUGGAAGAAAGUUUCUGGGAACAAAGAGAUAAAACCAAUGAAGAACUAUUGGUGUUGAAGUCAAACAUCCGAACGGUGAGAAAUAUCAAACGAGGUGCUCGUUCACGGACAAACGUCAGUGAAUCAGAUCGUUCCGAAAGUGAAAUGGAGGUGUCGGUUGAUAACACUGUGUCCGGCAAACAGUGUCGGAAAAAGGAUAGUGCUUCUGUGUCAAAGUGUAGUUUGAGCGAAAGUGAAUCUGAAAGUGAAAUGACAUUUGCUAGAAAACAGCAGCACAUAAUGAAUGGUGCCCAAAAGGUUUGUGAUGCUGAUCCUUUGAGGGUGGAAACCAAUAUUUGUGUUCCUCAAAGAUCUAGGAGGAGAAAGGCGAAGGGAGAUCCAGACUUUGAUCCUGAGGGUCUGAAAGAGAUCAGUGAAUCUGAAACUGAUCCUGUAACCCCUGUUAAGAAGAUGGGGAAACGGAGUAGAAGGGUUAGAACAGACACAAACAGACCUGAUAUUUCUGACCAGGAAAGAAAGUCACAAUUGCUUGGUAGAAAAAGGAAAGGUCAUAAAGAUAAUGAGGAUGUUGAACAUGAUUCUAAACAUCGUGACCAGGAUGAUGAAGUUCCUGGUGCUUGCAAACCAAGAAGGAGACGGAGAAAAAUCAAGAAAUCUGAUGAGGAGUACAGGAUAACUGAUGAUGGAAUGUCUUCUGAUGAAAAUACGAGGGUCAAGGGUUCAAGGUCCAAACCUACAAAGACAGUUUGUAAAAAGUCACCAGCAAAAACACCACCAAAAACACCACCAAAAAGAUCCCCCAAGAAGGCCAACUUGGAUGACUUGGAAGGUCCAUCAGAAACCAAAACGAAAAAUCUGUCCGAAGAAAUGGAUCUGCCUCUACCAACCAAGAGGUCCAAACUGAAAAAGUGUGCAACUGAGGAGCUUCUGGAAGAGAAUGUGGAUCCGAACAUGAAUAGGAACAACAGCAGUGUGGUGAAUUCGCCAAAAGGAAGACAAACUCAGAAGCGUGGUGGUACUGACACACACUCUAGUGCUGACAGUUCUGGACCCUCUCCACGGAAAAGAAUUCGAACAAAGUCCAGCAUUGUGUCUGACCUUGACAGUGUCUUUGAAAAUUCUCCCAAUCCAACAAAAGAGAAACCGCAGCAGGAUAAGAAACGGACUAAGUCUGUGGCCUCAAGGGCAUGGAAGUCACAAGGUUUGGAGGAGAAGGGUCGGCGGCGUCACACGACAGGUGACCAGCAGUCUAUCGUGAGGUACUUGAGUGGAGCUAGUGACAUUGACAUGCGGGAAGACCGAGAUGAGGAUGCUGUUAGCGACACGAUGGAGGUGUUCAGCCAGGAGGAGGAAGACAGGAAGAUGGCAGAGAGGUUGCAGAAGCAGUUCAACUUGGAGCAGAAGUUUCACAUAGCAGCCGAACGCUUCAAGGGUGGGGCAGAACAGUAUCAUUUUCGAAGAAAACCAAAUAUUACGAGUGAUUUUAUUGUUAUUCCUAGUGCCAUUGUAAAUCAGGUUAUGUGCCUCGUUCGGAAAUUUGAAUGGAAUAUGAGCUGUUUGAAGAAGGAAUAGGAUAAGCAACAUGAGUAUUUUGAUUGAGAAGAAAGCACAGUUGUCAUGGUUACUUGUUAUUAUCUGUGCUGUUAGUAAGACCAUGAGUGGAAAAACAUAAAUGAAAAUGUGGUUCUCAGGCUAUCAGUUUUGAAAUACUUUUAGGAUUUUGGUUUUACUGUGAAACAUUGUCCUAUUUACAGUCUGAAGUUUCAUUUGGAGUGGAUAUAUUAUGUUGUCAUUCAAUAGUGUUAAACAGGUGAUGCCUUUUUUUGUGACGUUAAACUGAUGUUAUUCUAAUAUGUUCUAUGGAUGAUGUAUUCUGGUGAUAACUGGUGAUGUCAUUGAAUGAUGUUAUCUGAUGUUAUGCAGUGGUGUUGACUGAUGCUGUGAUGUUAAACUGAUGUUACACAGGGAUGUUCAACUGCUGAUAUGCAGAGAUAUUUAUCUGAUGUUAUGCAGGGAUGCUCAACUGCUGUUACCGAGGUUUGUGCAAAUGUUAGACUGCUAUACAGAGAUGUUCAAUGGAUGUUAAACUGAUAAAAUUAUGGCAGAGAUGUUUAAAAGGUGAUGUCAACCAGCGAUGUUCAACUGUUGAUAUCAACCAGUAAUGUUCAACUGGUGAUAUCAACCAGUGAUGUUCAACUGCUGAUAUCAACCAGUGAUGUUCAACUGUUGAUAUCAACCAGUGAUGUUCAACUGUUGAUAUCAACCAGUGAUGUUCAACUGCUGAUAUCAACCAGCGAUGUUCAACUGUUGAUAUCAACCAGCGAUGUUCAACUGUUGAUAUCAACCAGUGAUGUUCAACUGGUGAUAUCAACCAGUGAUGUUCAACUGGUGAUAUCAACCAGCGAUGUUCAACUGUGAUGUCAUACUGAAUACUAAACAAAACCUGAGAACCAGUCAUUUUCCUAUAUAUUCUAAACAUGUUUAUAUAAUUCCUUUUAAUAGUGAAAUAAUUCUUUGAUCAGGUUCGGGAACAGGUGAUUAAGUUGUCACAAAAAUAAACUCUGAGAAUAUGUUUUGUUUCAUAAAUUUAGUUAAUCAUGUUAUCAAAGAAUGAGCUUGGAAUGAACAGGGUGCAUAUUCUGCAUUACGUGCACACAGAGACAAUAAUCAGGUUAGUCAGAUGUACUGAUAUUGAGCACAAAUGAAAGAGUGACAAGAAUUUAUGUACUCCCACCAUUUUAUACAAUGUUGUAAUCAGGCAAAGAAAACCACAUUGCAUUUUUCAGAGGGCAUUACUCAUUUCCUCAAAAUAUAAAACCGGUCAAAUUGAAGCAAACAUAUGUCUGUCAUCUACCUCAGUGUCAGUCUAACCUUGAAAAGAUAUUGGCAUAUUUCAUCAUCAUGGAAACUGUAUCAUGGUAUAUCAGUGGAUUAGUUUGAAGGAAAAUAGGAGAUAAUAGUAUUUGUUGAGGCUGUUGUUAUAUUUAUAAGGGUAGGAAUGAUGGAUCAACUUUGGAUGGUGUUACCCACUUUACUCAGUGUUUGGUUCAAAAGGAUUGGCUUAUAUUUUACAGUCUCAGAAUUGGCAGAGGUACAAUACAUGACAAU